AUGAUUAUAGCAAAGAAGCCUGAGGAAACUGUUCUACCAUCUCAAACAGGUGUGUUUAAGAAGUUGAAAAAGAAGGCUCGUCCAUCAUGUCCUGCUUAUACGGUGAAACCUCAUGUUACUAGAAAAUGGGUUAUUUUUCGUGAAGUUCAAGAACCCGUUUCUCCUGGAUCAAAGAGAUGUCAGACAGAGGAUAUGGCUAUUCAUAUUUCGAAGAAGCAAAGGAAGAAACUUCAAAAUCUUGUCAUCAAUGAUGAGUCUACCGAAGAAGAGGUAAAUCCAGAACCCCCAUUUCCACUCCUCUUAAAUGUUGAAUUUUUUUUCCUGGUUAUCACGAUUAUUGAGUCUUUGCAAGUUUCUGCCACAACACCUAUUGUUCUUAGUCCACCAAAGGUGUCAUCUAUUGAAACUUCUCAUGUUCAAGGUACAUCUAUUGUUCUAUCUGCUACCUUUGAAACUUCCACCAUCGACACUUCUACCACAUUACCUCAAUUUGUUUCCACUCCUAUCGAUACCCACUCACCCACUUUUGAUAACAUUCUUGAUCAACCCAUUACUUCCUUAUUUUCUUCACAAUCUACCGAACCACCUGUCACUACUGAAGAAAUUCAAACCCGAACUGAUGAUGAUUAG